AGGAUUUGUUAAUUUAGGAUUUGGUAGUUUAUGUAUGAUUUGUUAAUUUAGGUUGUUAGAUUAUAAUUUUGUGUUAUUUGUAUAUUUAAAUUUUAUUAUUAAAAGUGUUACUGUAUAUAUAUUUUUUAAAAAUAUUAUUUUAAAUAGUUUUGAAAUUUAAAACAUUUAAAAAUUAGUAAAAUGAUAUGAGACAUAUAUAAUUUUUGAUAAAAGACUUGAUAACUCAGGACUGGAAUUAUAAAAGGCUAGUGGCUUUCCUCAAUUCUUACCCUAUAUUAUGACAUUUAACUUAUUAGGCUAGAACACGAAACAAGAUGUAGACAACAUUAGGAAGAGCAACCAAAAGAAAGACCUUAAUUUGAUCCUCAAUAAUGUCGAGAAAAAAAAACAAAAAGCAGACAAGGACAUUUGACUAUUCGCAUUUUCCUGUGUCACAAACAUAUCCUAAAUUAUAUGUCCCUCUAUAUAUCCACACAUGCUUGGUAGUUUUACAAUUCAUCAAAAUCUCAAAGCAAAAUAAGCAAAAAUGAAGAGAGAAGGUCGUCAACACAGCUUCGUUAGGACCGGGAUGAUUCACCAGUCGGGAUUUAAUCCGAGUCCCUCCAAUAAAUUUGUGAAUCGGCUUGAUUCACCACCCGCUUUUGGAGUAUUUACCAAAGUACCAUCAAAGCCUACCAAUCAUUCAAAAUCCACAAGAAAAUUUGACCGUGCCAAGUACAGUAAAUGCCACGUGUCACCGGCUAUGAAGUCUGCCGAUACAUCCAAGGGUGGCCAAAAGUUAAAGUCGACCGAUUGGUGGGUUGAGGGUAAGCUAAACCAGCUGAUCGGGUCGGACUCCUCCUCUGCUAGUGAUAUUUUGGAUACAUCAUGUGGUGAAGAUUAUAGUGGUCAUGUUUAUGAUUAUGAUGAUGAUUAUUAGUGUUCAAAAAGAAAAAUGAUGAUGAUUGUUAAUAAUCUCAUUAAGAAAUUCGAAAGUUGUUAUUUUUCUUAUAUGCUUGACUUAGAGAACAUUUGUAAUACUGGUCACGGAAACAAAAAGAAAACAAA